AUGGUGUUAGAGUUGCUUCAGGAUGCUCGAUUACGAGAAGCGGACCAGGCUCUUUGUCGAAAACGUAUGUUUAUGAAAAACUACGCGUCGCACAGGAAAGUUUGUGUCGCCAUUGUGGUUGAAGUUUUUGGAAAGAAUGUGGUUUAUAGUGGAAUGUGUAUCGUGUUAGAACAAUUAACUGGACAGCAACCAGUUUUUUCUAAAGCAAGAUAUACUGUGCGUUCAUUUGGCAUUCGCCGUAAUGAAAAAAUUGCAGUACAUUGUACAGUACGAGGUGCUAAAGCAGAGGAAAUUCUUGAACGUGGAUUGAAGGUACGGGAAUAUGAAUUGAGAAAAGAAAAUUUCUCUGGCACUGGAAACUUCGGUUUUGGUAUUCAAGAACACAUUGACUUAGGAAUUAAAUAUGAUCCCAGCAUUGGUAUUUAUGGCUUGGAUUUCUAUGUUGUACUUGGACGACCAGGUUAGUUUAUU